AUGAGCGGGGUCGAUCUGCGUGUGCAUGUCGCGUCACACCAGGUUCGCCAAGAAUCUGACUUGGAGAAGGUCGCUUCAAAGGCUCCCCGAGCCGUGGUGGUGAUUCCGGAGCUGGCCGACGAGGAGAGCCCGGAAGGCUGGCAAGUCCUGGGGGAGACUCCGAACAGGGUGGAAGCAUCCGUGCGCGAGCUGCUGGGAAAGGCAUUGCAUGACCUCCAGCACGAGAUUCCCGAAAGUUUGCGGGAGCACCCGGCGGUGAAACACCAGUGCUCGAAGUUGCAGGAUUUGCUGAGUUGCAAACAACACUUCGGAAUUGAACUGCGAGACAUGGCCGAUGAGGAUGGUGCUGUCCCUGCCUGGGUAGAGACCUUCUUGGAGGGAGGUGACCCGCGAGACCAUGCUGCUUCAGAGUGGAAAGAUCCGAUGGAGGAUCUCCAUCCGCGUGCUGCGGAUGAGCCCGCAGAGCUCGGCUCGCCCGCCUCGCUGAAGCGCUGCGUCAUCGCACCUGGAAAUGGCUGCUCUCCAAUCCAGGAGGCGAAUUGGUACUCUUGGCUGGCGCAGAGCUUGAAUCGGAAAAAGCUCCUUCAGGAGGAGGUGGUUCUCCGGGACUUUCCAGACCCUUGGGAGGCGAAGCGUGAGAUCUGGCUGAAGUUCAUGAAGGAGGCCCUUUUGGGGGCGACAACAACCGGAGGAAAGUGGAAAGGCGGUUCACACGGGGGCUCGCCUGCCGCCCGCAGGAGCUUUUGGUCGGACCUGACACAGUGCCAGCACCCAGCAGCCUUGGGUUCUGGCUUGGACUGGGAGCUUUGUGUGGUGUGGGCCGUGUUCACUGGCGUGAAGCCCUGGAAGGUGCUUGUCGGGCACUCCAGCGGUGCGCAAGCAGCCGCUCAUUGCAAUCUGCAGCCACUUCAGCAUGCACUGUCCACGCCACCUCGUCUCAAUGUUCUGGGGGACUUCCAGGCUAUGAGGCUGGCGGAAGAAGAGGUCAUUGGCGGCUUGGUCUUGGUGGUGAUUUGGGAGACGCAGGAGAGCGCGCUUCUGGAUACUACCCGCCAAAAGGCGGGCCGUGGAAUUGGGAGCCUCGUUCGCAGCGAAGGAAGAGAGUCCGAUAUCAAAGUGGCGCGCGCAUUCGUGACGGUGGGAGCUUCAAAGACAGGCACAUUGCGCAUUGCGGUGCAGCUGCAUUCCACCGACGACCCUCUGGUUCCUGUCUCGGAGGGGCGUGUCGUGGCUGAGGAAAGGAGCUCCAAAGUCUGCACCCAAGAAGUCGGGCAGCUGACGGGGCUGAGUUGCAAUGACUUGUGCGCACGUCAGCCACUGAGCCGUUGCAAGAGUCCAAAGCGGCUCUGCGAUUCUUGGAGUGCUCUGGACUGCAAGGUCGGUGCCGAGAAGAAGGAAAGCAAGAGGCCGGCGGAGGAGGGAAACGGAAAGCAGGCGAAGGAUCAGACAGAGGCGGAAGCGGCAGAGGUGCAAGGUCUGGCGGCGGAAGCGGCAGAAGAGGAAGCGACGGAGGAGGCAGACGAAGUGGAGAUUGUUGACAUCGAGGGCAAGAGCGACGAGAUUGAGAUAAUCGACGUCGAGGACCCGCCUCCCGAGACGCCGGAGCCAAACGAAAGGGCGGCGAAGCCCGCCAUGGAGGAGACUCCAGUGGAGGCUUCUUCCAAAGAAUGUCCGACACCGGAUACCAGCAGUAAGCCGGCUGUGAUCGAAGCCCCGCGAGUGGCACAGUUCUCCCGUGAAGAUGUGGCAAAAGCUGCAGAGGCCGUGACGCGAAAGGAGCCGAGGGAAGAAAGUUCCAGGUUUCUAGAG